AUGGAGGCAGAAGCUGCGCCGCCGUGCCCGGGGAACCCGGCCGGGCCCAGCGCUGGCCUCGGCCACCUGUUGGGUGGUCGGAAGCUGAUGGCUGUGGGAGUUGUGCUUGGCUGGCUCCUGAUCAUUCACUUUCUGGUCAAUGUGUGGCUUCUGUGCCUUCUGUCCACCCUGCUAGUGGUGCUGGGAGGAUGGCUGAGCUCAAAUGCCGUCAUGGGCGCUACAGGUCGACUGCACCUUGAACGCUUCGUGCCAAUGACUGUCUGCCCUCGGAGUCCUGAGUCAGAGAGGGAGCUGGAACGGGAGAUCAGCCUUACCAUCCAGAUGAUCAUCCGAGACUUUGUGUCAUCUUGGUAUCACUUGGUGAGCCAGGAGCCAGCUUUCGAGGAAGAAAUGGAGGCUGCCAUGAAAGGGUUGGUGCAGGAGCUCCGAAAGAGAAUGGGAAUGGUGGACAGUCAUGCCCUUGCUCAGAGGGUUCUGACUCUCUGUGGUUGUCAUCUGCAGAGCUAUAUUCAGGCAAAGGCUGCCACCAAAGAGAAACAGAGUGUUUCAGCUCAGUCCUUCCAGCUCUGGGAAGCUUACUGCCAGUCAACUGCCCCUCAUCCUGCUGUGCAGAGCCCCAGGGAUGAGGUCAGCUAUACACGCAGCAUUGUGGAUGUGUUACUCGGAGAACUAGUGCCCAAGCCCCACUUGGAGACCCGUACUGGGCGCCAUGUAGUAGUUGAGCUCAUUACUUGCAAUGUUAUUUUACCAUUGAUUAACAAGCUCUCAGAUCCUGACUGGAUCCACCUCAUCCUUGUGGGUAUCUUUUCCAAAGCUCGAGAUGAUCCAGCAAAAGACACUGAAGUACUCUGCCCAGGCAGUUCCGGAGAACCCUUAGUGUCCACAUCUCUGCCACUGACUGUUGAAGUAGAGAGUCAGCCAGAGGAAAGAACUUCUCCAGCCUCAACACUCCUAAACUGUACUGAGCUAGAGGGCCUUUUAGACCCUGCCCUAGAGGCUGAAGACAACCAUGAAGCUACAAAUGGAGAUUCAUGUGGCAUUCUCGAAGAAGAAAAAGCAGCAAACAAUUCAUCUCACUUUCUGAAGCCAGAUACUCGAAGCCGCCUGUUCUUAUGUGAAGACUCAGAGCUGGAGUCUCCACUGUCUGAACUCAGCAAAGAAACCAUCAUGCUCAUGACCCCUGGCAGCUUCUUCUCUGACAGGAUCCAAGAUGCUCUGUGUGCCCUCGAGGGCUCCCAGGCUCUGCCAUCUAAGGAUGGUGAGGGAUUAGAAGGAAUUGAAGGAGCAGAGACUGAAGAGGAUCCAGAAACAGAGACAGGGCUGCUGGUCUCUAUGCUGAACCCCUGCCCAGAGAUUCAGAUUGACACAGCCGACAAGGUAGCAGAGCAAGGAGAAACCACUUCUCUUACAGCUAUGCCAGAAGGGCCAGAAAUGACUUGUCCACCUCGACCCUCCUGCUUAGAGAAGGAUUUCACAAAUGAUGUGAGCUCCCUCGAUCCUAGUUUGCCCCAGGUUUUGCUUUCCUCCUCUCCAACCAACUCUCUCAACUCAGCUACCUUCAGCUUUGAGUCCCUCAGCAGUCCAGAUGGCCCUGUUGUCAUUCAGAACCUUCGCAUCACUGGCACCAUCACUGCCCGAGAGCACAGUGGCACUGGAUCCCACCCCUACACACUCUACACUGUGAAGUACGAGACGUCCCUUGAUGGUGAGAGCACCAGUGGUCUGCCGCAGUUUGCCUACCACACUGUGAAUCGCCGCUACCGGGAGUUCCUGAAUCUGCAGACCCGGCUAGAAGAGAAACCAGAUCUGCGAAAGUUCAUCAAAAAUGUGAAAGGUCCUAAAAAGCUCUUUCCAGAUCUUCCCUUUGGGAAUAUGGAUAGUGACAGAGUAGAAGCCCGUAAGAGCCUUCUGGAAUCAUUCCUAAAGCAACUAUGUGCCAUUCCUGAAAUUGCCAACAGUGAGGAGAUGCAGGAGUUCUUAGCUCUCAACACUGAUGCUCGUAUUGCCUUUGUCAAGAAACCAUUCAUGGUCUCCAGGAUAGAUAAG